AUGCCCAUAGUCACGAACGCGCGAGUUCUGUUUAACGAUGUCCCCAAAGGUUACCCUGAACCCGGGAGGACGACAGUAUACGACACCUCCUUGGAAAUCGACGUCGAAAAGACGCUGCCUGAUGGCGGCUUCCUUAUCAAGACGUUAGUCCUUGCGAUAGAUCCGUACAUGAGACACAGGAUGAGAGAUCGUACUGUCAAAAGCUAUAUGCCUGCAUUUGAAAGGGGUCAGCCCCUGGAGAACUUCGGUGUUGGGGUCGUCCUCCGCUCUGAACACUCCUCUGUUUCCGCCGGAGAUCAUCUGUAUGGGUUGUUUCCGUUCCAGGAAUACUUCGUCUCGAAGGAUCCGGGACCAUUCCGGGUGCUAGACAAUAAGGAGCAUCUGCCGUGGUCUACCUAUGUCGGCGUGUGUGGCAUGCCCGGCCAGACGGCGCAUCAUGGAUGGAGGGAGUACGCGCGCCCAAAGAAGGGAGACGUCGUGUUUGUGACUGCAGGCGCAGGUACUGUUGGCGCCACUGUCAUCCAGCUUGCGAAAAUGCAAGGCCUCAAAGUUAUCGCGUCUGUUGGAUCUGAAGAGAAAGUUUCCUUCAUAUCGUCGAUCGGCGCGAAUGUUGCGUUCAACUACAAAACAGACAGCACGCUCGACAUCCUGGAGAAAGAGGGACCGAUCAAUAUGCACGUUCCUUCAUCUAGCGGCGAAAGCCUUGAAGCUGCGCUCGAGACCGCAGCUGUGGACGCGUGUUUUAUUGAAUGUGGGAUGAUCUCGGGCUACAACGAAGAGCCUUACUAUGUGAAGAACCUCGACAGAAUCUUUAAACAAGGAAUUCAACUGUGUGGAUUCGCCGUCCUCCGACUGCAGAAGUGGGACGACGAGUUCUACAAGACUAUCCCCGGAAUGGUUUCUCGGGGAGAGAUCCAGUAUAGCGAGAACGUCAAGCGCGGACUGGAGCAUGUCGGCCAGGCGAUUUUAGACGUGCAAGUUGGACGAAACAAAGGGAGGACCGUCAUCCUCGUUCAAGAUGAAUGA